AUGGCGGAGACGGCGCCGGCGACGGUGCUGGACAUCGACGAGAUCCCCUUCGCCGACCUCCUCCUCCUGCUGCUCUCGCCGGAAGCGGCAGCAGCGGGCGACGCCGAUGGCCGGCGGCGCCGCCUCCUGGCCACCGUCUGGGCCGCGCUCGGCCCGGGCGGCGCCGGGCUUCUGGCCGUCUCCGGCGUCCCGCGCGCCAUCGCCCUCCGCCGCCGGCUCCUCCCCCUGGCCCGCCGCCUCGCAAUCAUGGACCACCCUUCCCGCGCCCACCUCCUCAAGAAGCACGGAUUGGGCAGCGACGUACCUCUCAAGAAGCCCGGCAGGUCCGUCUCCUCGUUCGCGCGGCUCCUAAGGCACGAUUCAGGCAAGCUCCACUCCCCGGAGUUCAUGUGCCAAGCCACCGGAGACGCUGGGAUCAGGCCUGGUUGUCCGGAGGAGGUGCCGGCUGAUGCCGAUGGAUUUGGGGAGCACAAGGGUGGUGAUGAUGAUGACAUUGAGAACCUUGGUGAUCUUUUCAAGGAGCUGGGUCUGUGCAUGAUGGAGCUUGGUAUCCUGGUUGCCCGGGCCUGCGACAUUGUUAUCGGUGGGAAUCAGCUGGAGCAGAGCAUUACCGACUCUGGAAGCGCAAAGGCGAGGCUCAUCCACUACCACUCUGAGUUGGAUAACAGGAUUAUCAAGGAUAUGAGCAGCACAAGGAGGAAAAACUUGGCAAACAAUGCAGCAGCAGCAAGACCUGUAUCGGAUCACAUGGAUACAUAUCAAAUGCCAGGAUCAGAAAGAUCGAAAAAAGAUGGGAUGGCCGUUGUAAAGUCAGCCGAAGAAAAUGAGUCCCAAGGUGCCGCAGUACAAGGUCAUGUCAGCACGAUUUCUCUUGUGAACUUAUGGCAAGAGUGGCACUACGACUAUGGAGUGCUGACAGUCUUAACAGCGCCAUUAUUCUUGCGCUCUGCUCUCGGACAGGAAUGCCCGGUCAGCGAAGAAUGCUCUGUUCCUGAUGGGCACUCACACCUGCAGCUCUUCAGUAAAAGGAGGAUUUUCUCAGUGAGAUGCUCCCAGGAGAGCUUUAUUGUUCAGGUUGGGGAGGCAGCAGGCAUCCUGUCAGGGGGGAAACUGAGAUCUACGCUUCAUGCUGUCAGUAGACCUUUAGGCUUGCCAAACAUCAGCCGAGAGACUUUCGUGGUUUUCCUACAGCCGUCAUGGGACAAAACUCUACCUUUCUCGGGUUACUCUUGUGCCGAUGAAGAUGAUUCAAGUGAUCACAUGGAAUUGGCUUUCAGGGGUGAUGGAUCAGCCGGGUCUUGUGGUGAACAUAUAUUGAUGCAAGAAAUUCUGAAGAAAAUCCCCCCUCUGUCGUCAAGGCUGAAAGAAGGCAUGACGUUUGCAGAGUUUUCUAGGCAGACAACGAAACGGUAUUAUGGUGGUGGAGGCAUCCAACAAAACAGUUAA